UUUAGACCCUGUUCCAUUUGUGACGUCAUUUCCAAAAUAAAGUUAUUCCGUCGGUAUUUUCUCUUUCCAAAUUUAAGUUUUUAGCCUAAUAUUGAGCAGUAUGAAGUUCAAAUUCAAGGAAGAACAUACGUUUGAUCAGAGGAAAGCUGAGUCAACAAAGAUCAGAGAUAAAUAUCCAGAGAGAAUCCCAGUGAUCGUGGAGAGAGACCCCAAGUCACAGAUUCAGGAUAUCGACAAGCGGAAGUUCCUGGUGCCCAACGACAUCUCUGUGGCCCAGUUUAUGUGGAUCAUACGCAAGAGAAUCCAGCUGCCCUCAGAAAAGGCCAUCUUCCUUUUUGUAGAAAAAGUUUUGCCACAAUCGAGUGCAAGUAUGGGUCAAGUCUACGAGGAGCACAAAGACGAGGAUGGUUUCCUGUAUAUCGCCUACAGCGGAGAAAACACCUUCGGACAUUGCUGAUACACACACUCAUUGCACGAUACCGCGGCGUGUGCUUUAGGUUCUUGUAGUGGGAUUUUUAAUUUGUCAUAUUCAUAAACAUGUGUAUAAAUGGGGUUUUCCAUUGUGAGAUUUUAAGAAAUUAUUCAAGAUUGCAAGAUUGUUGAUAUGUUUUGGUUAAAGUGAAUAUGGUUAAAAAGAUUUAAACAAACUACUACUAUCUUAAGUUUGUAUGAUAUUUGUCGGAAAUAAAUAAAAUUUAAAGAAUCAAUGCUAUCUUGCGGAAAUAUGGUUUCCAGAGCUCUUACACAAAAAUGUUUUAUUGGUUUAAUCGUAAAAGUUGUUAAAUAUAUUUGUUAGGACUGGUUAAUUAUAUGUUUUGAAUGAAGUAUUUCAUCAAUAACUUUUUAAAAGAAAUAUAUAUCUUCGAAUGGCUGAUUCAUUUUCUACCUAGUAUCAAUGUCAAGGAUUUUGAAUUGAAGAGUAUGGAGAUCUAUUAAUAUAAAAAAAUAAUAACAGUAUUAUGAACUUAAUUAAGCAUGAAUUUGUAAAUAUUUUUCAUGUAAAUGUUUUUUAAGUUUUCUGAAAUUUGAGAAGAGUCUGCUCUAAAUGGAACAGUAUUUUUCUGAGCAAAUUAUGCUACCUGGUAUUUGUUAUAUUAAGCUUUAUGAACAACAAGUCAAUUACACUUAAUGUAGCCAAAACACUACAUAAGCCGUUAUGUUCUUUGUGUGGCACUGUUUGAAACACAGUUAAAAUUCCAAUGUCUUAAUCUUACUAUGUUCGAGAAGGAUCCAAAGUUGUCUCCAUUGUUUUAUGGACAUUUUGGGAGAUUUUCAUUGAACUUCAUUUACCUAAAUUCCUCCUGUUAUGUUGCUUUGCGAGCUUGUCUUAUUUAAUAGAAACACUUUUACCCUGCUUAAUUGUCACCUGUCAUGUAGGAAGUAAUACAUACAAGUCUAUUGUCAGCUAUAAUGCAGUACAUCAGUUUAAAACUGUCACAUACGUACUUAUCUUUCUCAUGUGAAUUUAAUAGAACAAUCACUGAACUGAAAGUCUGAGGAACGCUCAGCUGGCACAUUUUACAAAGACUUCCUCCUUGUGCAGGAAGCAUAGGGCAUAGUUGUAAGUGUGUCAUGUAACACUGUAGCAAUACUGGAUGUCCUAUUAUUACAAAUGUAUGAAACUGUUUAACAGGCAUAAGUUGAUAAAAGUGCCAUCUGAGUUUCUGGGUAUAUGCUUAUAUAAAUGUUAAUGACAUAUAUGUACAUGUACAUGUUUAUUUAUGUUUUGUCUGGUAUUUUUUUGCUAAAUAAUAUCUCAAUAGGCUGUAUUGUCAUCAACAAUAGUAUAGGUCUGAAGCCACAUUUUUUUCAUUUUUUAUUAACAAUUUCGAGCAAAGAUAUACUUCCAUCUUGACCGAGACAGUUCUUUCUGGCUGAUGAUUUAGCAGUUGUUGUUUUUUUACACAACAAUUAAAAAAUGUCGUUUAAAUAUUUUUUUUUCAAUAAAAGACACUCGCUAUGUACAAAGAAUGCAUAUCAUAUGUAUGAGCGACGCUGUAUGUCUGUUGUUUGUGCCUGUGAUUAACCUGGAUGUACUGUCUGUAAUGUAUGCAUACAAAACAUUUGUUUAUUUUUAAUAAAUGAAAAAAUCGUA